AUGCUCUUGCAGCUUCUCUAUGCAGCUUCCCAAAAGACUACGAAUGAAUACCCGUCAUUUUUUAAUAUCGGAGGCGUCCUGAGCAAUAACGAUAGUGAGACUCAUUUUUCUAUGGUUAUAGCGCAUCUCAACUUCGAUCAACAGUAUGUUCCCAGAGGUGUUACAUAUUAUGAUAAAACUAUCAGGAUUGAUAAAAAUCCUAUCAAAACAGCUCUAGAUGUUUGCAAGCAUUUGAUAUCAAGAAGGGUAUAUGCGGUAGUAGUGUCACAUGAACCUACCGGUGAUUUAUCACCAGCAGCGGUUAGUUAUACCAACGGAUUUUACCAAAUACCGAUCAUAGGAAUAUCUUCUCGGGAUGCUGCAUUUUCGGAUAAAAAUAUACAUGUUUCAUUUCUUAGGACAGUUCCACCGUAUUAUCACCAAGCAGAUGUCUGGCUUGAAAUGCUAAACCAUUUUGGCUAUACUAAGGUCAUUAUCAUACAUAGCUCUGAUACGGAUGGACGUGCAGUUUUGGGUCGGUUUCAAACUACAUCGCAAACUAAUUACGAUGACAUAGAUGUUCGUGCCACUGUUGAAAGCAUUAUUGAAUUUGAACCAAAAUUGGAAACAUUUACAGAUAACUUGUUAGAAUUGAAAACAGCGCAGUCGAGAGUUUAUUUAUUAUAUGCAAAUGCGGAUGACGCUUAUGUAAUUUUCCGGGACGCAGCCCAAAAUAAUAUGACUGAAACCGGGCACAUAUGGAUUGUUACCGAGCAAGCAUUGCAAGCCAACAAUACCCCAAUAGGUGUUUUAGGUUUGGGGCUAAACUAUGCGACUAGUGAAAACGAGCAUAUAAGGGAUGCAAUAUACGUUUUAGCAUCCGCAAUAAAAGAAAUGAUGACUCAUAAUGAAACAAUCACUGAAGCACCAAAAGACUGUGACGAUACAGGCUCUAUUUGGGAAUCUGGUCGCAAGAUGUUUAACUAUUUAAAAACUCGAAACAUUCGUGGUGCAACUGGUCAGGUGGCAUUCGAUAGUAACGGAGAUAGAAUGUAUGCGGAAUAUGACGUAGUCAAUGUACAGCUUUCUACAUCAUUAUUAACCAAGAAAAAUAUUGUCGUUGGAAGCUUUUUUUAUGACGCAGAAAAAGGAAGAAUGAAACUUAAAAUCAAUGACACUGCUUUAAUAUGGCCAGGAAACACGGAGAAAAAACCAGAGGGAAUUAUGAUACCAACACAUUUGAAAGUUUUGACUAUUGAAGAAAAGCCCUUUGUAUAUGUACGGAAACUUUUGGAUGAUGAUAUUGAUUGUGAGGACGAUGAAAUUGUAUGCCCCCAUUUUAAUACUACUGACGGAAACGAAAAAGAUUUCUGCUGCAAAGGAUAUUGUAUAGAUUUGCUUAAAGCAUUAGCGCAACGUAUUAACUUCACCUUCGAUCUAGCAUUGUCUCCAGAUGGCCAAUUUGGUCAUUAUCAACUCAAGAAUCACACGACUGGUAUAGGAACGAGUGUCAAAAAAGAAUGGAACGGUUUGAUAGGCGAAUUAGUUAUGGAAAGGGCGGAUUUGAUAGUAGCACCUCUAACUAUUAAUCCUGAACGCGCUGAAUUUAUUGAAUUUUCAAAGCCAUUCAAAUAUCAAGGGAUUACAAUUCUUGAGAAGAAGCCGUCCAGAUCGAGUACAUUGGUUUCAUUCUUGCAACCGUUUAGCAAUACGUUGUGGAUAUUGGUAAUGGUAUCUGUCCACGUUGUCGCAUUGGUUCUUUAUUUAUUGGAUAGGUUUUCUCCAUUCGGCCGGUUUAAACUUACCACAAAUGACAGUACUGAAGAGGAUGCACUCAAUUUAAGCUCAGCAAUUUGGUUUGCUUGGGGAGUUCUUUUGAAUAGUGGAAUCGGUGAGGGCACCCCUAGAAGCUUUUCAGCGAGAGUGUUAGGAAUGGUAUGGGCCGGAUUUGCAAUGAUUAUCGUAGCAUCAUACACUGCCAAUUUGGCGGCUUUCCUAGUUUUGGAAAGACCAAAGACGAAACUGUCUGGAAUAAAUGACGCUCGUCUACGCAACACAAUGGAAAAUCUUACAUGUGCAACUGUAAAGGGUUCUGCAGUAGAUAUGUAUUUUCGGCGACAAGUAGAAUUAUCCAACAUGUACCGAACCAUGGAAGCAAACAAUUACGCUACCGCUGAGCAGGCUAUCCAAGACGUAAAGGAUGGAAAACUGAUGGCUUUCAUAUGGGAUUCAUCUCGUUUGGAAUACGAAGCAUCGAAAGAUUGUGAACUAGUUACAGCUGGAGAGCUUUUUGGAAGAAGCGGAUAUGGUAUAGGACUGCAAAAGGGAUCGCCUUGGACUGAUGCUGUAACUUUAGCAAUACUUGAUUUUCAUGAGAGUGGGUUUAUGGAAUCACUUGACAGAGAAUGGAUAUUUCAUGGAAAUGUUCAGCAAUGUGAACAAUUUGAAAAGACACCAAAUACGUUGGGCUUGAAAAAUAUGGCUGGUGUAUUUAUUUUAGUUGGAGCAGGCAUCGUAGGCGGAAUAGGGUUGAUCAUUAUUGAAGUCGUUUAUAAAAAGCAUCAAAUUAAGAAGCAAAAGAGGAUGGAAAUUGCCAGGCAUGCUGCUGAUAAAUGGAGAGGUACUAUUGAGAAAAGAAAAACAUUACGCGCCUCAUUGGCUAUGCAACGACAGUACAAUGUAGGUUUAAACUCAGUUUCUAAAUCAGUCAGUCAGGCAAUUGAUAAAAAUCGCUAUCCAAAACUUAACCCUUUACCUCGCGCACCGGAGCGCGCAUGGCCCGUGGACUCGGAAUUAAGUCGAAAUCGAAGACUCAACGAUCAUAGUUAUAAACCCCCGCCUAGGUAUAUGCCAACAUAUGCAACAGAUGUUUCUCACUUGGUUGUUUGAGACAAUUAGGGAAGUUUUACAAUAUAAUGUCAAAAUAAAAUGCUAUUGGGUACUGAAUAUAACUAUAAACAAUUCGACGUACAUUAUUAUUAAUACCAUGCGUCGU